GCCUGCUCCCCCUUUGACGCGCCCCUCACCGCCGUCCAUAACUAUCAACUCUAGCAGCAGGAACAUUGAACUCCUCGACGACCACGCCAAAUCAUGUCCGAUCUCCCUGCUAUCCUUCCAGCGCCUUCCGACGAAUGCGAGUCCUGUUACAAGGAGGCUAGCGGCGCGGCGCCCUUGCUCAGAUGCUCCUCGUGCAAGGGGAAGUUCUAUUGCUCGCCGAAAUGUCAAAAGCAGGACUGGAAGGCGCACAAGAAGAACUGCUCCCCACUCACCCUGCCCCUUGUGCCCACCGUUCCGGAAAGGAGCCCGGAGCUCAUCGACGAGGUACGACGUGUGGCGAACCUUUUGAAAGACCUUUUGGAUGCGUGCAAGGACAUCGACAAAGACAAAGAGCUGGGGCGCGAGGAAAGAGAACGUCGGAAAGCGGAGUGUCACCCAUUCAAAGUGCUAUAUCGCUACGAGGUCCCUGCGGCAUUCGCAUGGGAGACCAAGCAGCUCGACGGAGAGACGCCCCUCCAGCGCCUCGUCCUUCAGCUGACGCGCCUCUUCUGGAUUGAGACUGUCGCCGGUAUCGCCAGCCAGGAAGAACGAGACGGGUGGAUCGACAUCAUGAAGAGAGCGACGUUCCCAUCGGUUUUCCCUCUUAUGGUGCCGGAGAAGGUGCUCGCUCGGCCAGGCGAUUUGAGUCCGGGGGAAUAUAGGCUACUGCUCCACACGGCCUUCAUAAAGACUGUGGCAGAUCGUGUUUCGAAAGGACCCGAGAAGGGGUCCAUGGAAAAUCGUGAGGAAGGAAGUAGGGUCGAGGCCGUCGACGAUAUUUAUGCGGAGCGGUGGCCCCAUUUGGUUCAUCUCUCGAAGCUGGCGAAGUCGAUCGAGUGA